GCUCUCUUCCGCUUUCCUCCUCAGUUCUUACCUGACCGACCUGCCUACUUGACGACACCGCUGCAGUCUUUUGUGUUUUUAUUGUCAUCGUUAGUCAAAAAAAGCAAACAUGGCUCAAGUGAACAAGUGCCUGAAGUUAACCUUCAUUUUGUCCAACCUGUUCUUCGCGAUAGUGGGCGUGGUCAUCAUCUCUCUGGCUCUGCUAAUGCAAGUGUUCACACGUGGAACUGAUGUGGAAGGUCGUUCCACUGCUCUGAUCCUGAUGUACGUGGUUGGCACCAUCACCAUGUUGAUCGCCGCUUUGGGAGCGUAUGGAGCGCACCGCCAGAGUCGAGCCGCGCUCAUUGUGUUCCUGGUAUGCAUGGUGAUCGGAAGUCUGCUCAUGCUGCGUGUUGGCAUCCCCUUUGCCGCGUUUCGUCCUGAGGUGGAGAGCAUGAUGGAGGACAAGUUCCGUAAGAUGCUGCCGUUGGAUGCAACCUCCGAGGAAAACCAGCACAUCACUAACAAUUUGCAGGAAAUUCUGCAGUGUUGCGGCCUCUUCAGCUACGACGACUGGCGCAUGAACAUUCCCAACUCGUGUUUGUGUGACGGGGUGGCGCAGCUGGAGGGAAAAUGUCAGACCGUCCGCUACGACCUGCUGAUGCUGCAGGUGAAGAAGUCGGUGUACAUUCAGCCGUGCUUCCCUCUUGUCGCUCACUACGUCCUCUUGAGUCUCGACGUCAUCAUCGGAGUGGCCUUUGUGUUGGCCGUUUUGGCGCUGCUGGGCCUGACGCUGUCGUCCAUCAUCAUCCAUCAGCUGCGUGCAACCAGCCGACCCACCCUGAUGAUGGUGGUGCCCAGCAUCUUCAAGUCGGCGCCUCCCAAGUACCAGGAGCUGCACAACCCUCCAAUGUACUAGGCCACACCUCAUUUUGCUCUUUUGUUGGAGACCGAUCGGGCAUUUAGUUACAAAGUGCCUUAAAUGACAAAUGCACUGGCGCUAUGGUUAAAAGCCUGCGCUGCAAUUUUCUUGAUAAACUUUGGUCACAUUAGAAACUACUGUAUGAAGUAAAACAAAUGUACUUUCUUUUGUAAACAGUAUGUACUGUUUUAUUCUUAUGCGUAAAGAUUAAAGAACUUUUUAAAA